UUAGGGUCCAGCCCAGGGGUGGGGCUCCAGCCGGGGGCGGGACCCGGGGGCACUGAAAACCCCCCAGGUCCCCUCCGUGCCCCACACAGGUGAGAGCCCCCCUGGACCCCCAUGGCACCUCCGCCGCCCCCCGGCCACCUCAGCCUGGCCCGCGGGCUCCAGCCCCCCCUGUACCAGGACGCCGUCGCCCGCCGGGCUCUGCGGCCCGCCCUGCUCAGGAGCGUUUCGGUACCGGCCGAGCCCCCCGCGCCCCCCGCCAUGGAUGUCACCUACGCCGUGGUCAACAAACCCCGCCGGGGGGGCGGGGCCGCAGGGAGAGGCCCCUCCCCUUUGGGAAGAGACCACGCCUCCUUCGGACGAGACUCCGCCCCCUCGGGCACGUGCUCGCUCCCGGGCAGCCCCGUGCGCCGCCCCUCCCCCAGCCCGGCAGGCUCCCCCAGACCCUCGGAUGGCGCCUACGAGGUCGUGACCCCCCCUGCGGACAUGGGCAGUAGCCCCUGCCUGGGGUUUAAUUUCCGUAUCGGGAAGCCCAAGGGCCCGCGGGACCCUCCGGCCGAGUGGUCCCGGGUGUGAGGGGGGGUCCGGAUCCCUGGGCCCCCCCACAGAGGAGGGACCGCAGCAGAACCCGGUUGAUCCUUACAGAACCCAAUAUAGACAAAACCGAUUUAUUAUGACAAAUAAAAACUGAUUGUGAGAAACCCA